AUGCGUGGAAUCCAAAUUACAGAAUACGUCAAGGUAAAAUACUUACUCCCAACAUCAACCAAUCCCCAUCAUCAACUGAAAAAGAAAACUCACAUUAGGGACCCUCGGAACUAACAGUAACCACCAUCCCCGAUCCCACGCCCUCGCCAACACAAUACUUAAUCUCCAUCCAAGCAAGCGCAACCAACUUCUUCGACAUCCUCCAAAUCAGCAACAAAAACCAAAACCAGCCGCCCCUCCCCUUUCUCUCAGGCGACGAAUUCUCAGGAAUCAUCCUCUCGGUGCCCUCCUCCAUUUCAGCCCCCAAAUUCCGCGUCGGUGACAGAGUAUUUGGGGCCUCACAAGGCGGCUACGCGACCAAGAUCUGUGUCUCGGAAGCAUCGCUGCGUCCGGUGCCAGAAGGUUGGUCUUUCUCUGGAGCCGCAGGCCUCUUCAUCACAGCACCUACUGCAUACGGGGGGUUAGUCACUCGGGCGGGGAUCAAAGAGGGCGAUUGGGUGUUGGUACAUGCUGCAGCCGGCGGCGUAGGACUUGCUGCUGUGCAGAUAGCCAAAGCAUUCGGGGCAACGGUCAUCGCGACUGCUGGGACGGCGAGGAAAUUCGAGGUUGCAAAGUCCUAUGGCGCGGAUCACUUGAUCGACUACAACGAUGCUACAUGGCCGGCGAAAGUCAAGGCUCUCACGCCGAACGGACGAGGCGUGGAUAUUGUCUUUGACCCUGUAGGUCUUAUUGAUUUGAGUACCAAGUGUACGAGGUGGAAUGGACGGCUUGUCGUAGUUGGUUUUGCGGCUGGCAACAUUGAGAGGUUGCCGCUGAAUAAGGUGUUGCUGAAGAAUAUUAGUGUGCUGGGUGUGCAUUGGGGUGCUUAUAGGAUUCAUGAGCCGGAAGUUAUUGAUGGUGUUUGGGAGGGCAUUUUCAAGCUUAUUAGAGAGGGUAAGUUUAGGGGGACCGUGUUUACGGAUAGGGAGUUUGUGGGAUUGGAAAAGGUUCCCGAGGCUUUGGAGAGUUUGAGUAGGAGAGGGACUUGGGGGAAGGUUGUCGUCAAGGUUCCUCAAGAGGGGCAGACGAAGUUGUAG